AUGGACAUCAUCACUGCUUUAGAGCGCAGCAGAGACCUGGUCUGGCAGCGAAUACCUAUUGGAUGGGUGCUGCAUAUAGACGAGGUAUUUGAUGAUAUACCUCAGAGCCACAUGGACAAGAUACAGGAGAGGUUAGAAAAGCGGAAGCGAGAGAAGAAGAAGCAGAAGAAGAAAGCGAAGUCACCCAUUACCCCCUGCUACACAAAGCCUAUCACAGAAGCACCCCCAUCAAAGCACAUAUACCAUCCGGCACCUUCUAUUAGAGAUGCUAAGGCUGCACACACAGAUUUGAGCAACCUGCUUCAACCAAAAAAGAAGAGUAGAAUCGGCUACCUGCACUUUAAUGAAGAUGAUCACCUGUAG